AGUGGGUAGAGUUAAAGUUAGAAUUGUGAUUCUAAAAUACUAUCCUAAAACCAAACAAGCCAUUAAUCUCUCUUUCAAAUAUAAGGCAGAUAAAUUAGGGCCAACCAAUCCUUAAUCUUGAAAAUUAGGAAUUCCAUGGGAGAAGUAGGAGCAUCCAGAAGCGCCAUACCAGAGGUGGCCCUUAACUCCGGCCACAAGAUCCCGCUGAUCGGGCUAGGCACUGCGGCGGGCCCUCUGCCACCUCCCGAGGCCCUUAUUGCAAUCCUCGUCGAGGCCAUCGAAGCGGGGUACCGCCACUUCGACACGGCCGCAGUCUAUGGCUCCGAGGAGUCACUCGGCCGAGCAGUAGCGGAGGCCCUCGAGCGGCAGCUCAUCAAGAGCCGCGACGACCUCUUCAUCACCUCCAAGGUCUGGUGCACUCACACCGAUCCGGCUCUCGUCCUCCCGGCACUCAAGGAGACUCUCGGGAGGUUGGGGCUAGAGUACGUGGAUUUGUACCUAAUCCACUGGCCAGUGAGGCUGAAGAAGGAGACUAACAAAUCAAAUCUUACAAAGGAAAGCCUGCUCGACUUCGAUGUAAAGGGCACAUGGGAAGCCAUGGAAGAGUGCUCCAAGCUGGGCCUGGCCAAGUCUAUUGGCGUCAGCAACUUCGGCCCCAAGAAGCUCUCCCAUAUCCUCCAAUCCUGCACCAUACCCCCUGCUGUCAAUCAGGUGGAGAUGCACGUCGCCUGGAGGCAGGAGAAGCUAAGGGAGUACUGCAAGGAGAAGGGAAUACAUGUGAGUGCGUGGUCUCCUUUAGCAGCUAAUGGAGCCUCCUGGGGCUCCAAGGCUGUCAUGGAUAGUCUCAUCCUUAAGGACAUCGCAAAUGCCCGAGGAACUACCGUUGCUCAGGUGGCGCUGAGAUGGGUGUACGAGCAAGGCGCGAGUGUGAUAGUGAAGAGCUUCAACAAAGAAAGGAUGAAAGACAACCUUAGGAUCAUCGAAUGGGAAAAGCAACUGACAGAGGAAGAGCUGGAGAAGAUCAACCAGAUCCCACCAUGCCAAGGUGUUAGGGGGGAAAUGUUUGUGAAUGAGAGUGGGCCCGGCUACAAGUCGCUCGAUGAACUCUGGGAAUAACAAUUUUGUAUUAGAGCUUCCUGGCAAUUUCGAAUUUACACAGCCCCGUAAAUCUCGGAAAAUUAUAGAAUUCCUUAGACGGACCGUCCCUUAUACCCUCAGUAUGUUGGAUCAACAUGGGGUUCACCACUAAUUAUUGAUCUAACAUUCGUGAGGGACCCAGGGACGGUCGGGUAAACCUUCUGUGCCAUGUACUCUUUAGUAUUCGGGUUCGAGUCAAGCUAGUAAAAUGAACUCUAAAACACAUUGGGAGAAUCACAGGUGACUUUUCCAUUUAAUGUGUAAAUGAGAUGGUGCCUGUAAAAUAUGUUGGUUGGUGUUUGAUCAGGAUAACUUAUUAUGAGAGCAGUUAACCGCCUGCA